CUGUUUUCUAUCUUUAAUAAUAUUGCAUGAUGAAACGUCAGUAGAUUUAUCUAUAUGUAUAGGAGUUGGUCAGCUAUGCAGUCCCCACGAUGCUUGCGUCUGCAGAAUCUUCUCCGUGCGUCAGAUGAACAUCUUACAUAGUCCUGAGGGACAAGUUUAUUAAUCAGUCACGAGCCAGUCCGUCCCCAAAUGUAGUCUCGCGCUGCCUUGUGUGUGUCACGAGCUCACGUCUUCGCUUGUUGCCCCUUUAAAAAUCAGAAUUGAAGGCCAAUGAUUUAUCAAAGCCCUAUUAUCAAGAAAAUGUCACGCGAAGGGUACCUUGCCAUGCACUGACGCAAACCCGAUCUUUCCCACGGAGAUAUAGAAAGCUUUGCACUUUGCACAGCCAAACUCAGUCUGCCUGCCGCCUUUCCAGCUGUUUUCUGCUAUUAACCCACAUUUGUUGACUCUGCACAAAUGGAUUUUUCUGAGCACGGGGAAAUGUUGAGACAACCGUCAAACAGUAUUCCGCCCCAGCCGUCUGGGGGAGCGGUUGGAGCUACAAAUACUAACAAACCGGAGAACGGGAACCCGGUGCCCCAACCGCCGCCUGUAAACGAACGGAAAACUUUUUGUCCUUCGGAAAAUAAACCGUGCGAAAUGGAAGCCAAUAAAGCAUACGGGACGUUUAAAAACGCCGCACCUGGACCCACGUUUGCUCCCGUUAAUUCUGCCGUGCGCAAGGAUUCCGACGGUAAAAUGGAUGGUUCGACCGGCAAAGCCACGUCGGACUUCAUGUCUAACAACCAAAGUGCUGUAAGGACCGCGGCGGAGCAUAACAACACCAGCGGUGACUGGACCUCCAUGAGCCAGACCACCAUCAUCCUGGGUACAGAUGGCAAUACAUCUGUUCUUCCUGGCACGGUGACCGGGGAUGAUGAUGAUGAUGAUGGAGGAGAUGAGAAUAAGGCCCGGGGGAACUGGUCCAACAAACUGGAUUUUAUCCUGUCCAUGGUGGGAUAUGCUGUGGGUUUGGGAAAUGUGUGGAGAUUCCCAUAUCUUGCUUUCCAGAAUGGUGGAGGUGCGUUUUUGAUACCUUACCUAAUCAUGUUAGGCCUCGCCGGUAUACCUAUAUUUUUGUUGGAGGUGUCUUUGGGUCAGUUCGCCAGCCAAGGCCCGGUAUCAGUAUGGAAAGCGAUCCCAGCUCUACAAGGUUGCGGGAUUGCCAUGUUGAUAAUAUCUGUCUUGAUAGCCAUAUACUAUAAUAUUAUUAUGUGCUGGACAUUGUACUACCUGUUCGCUUCGUUGAAGGGGACACUGCCAUGGGCCACCUGUAAAAAUGAAUGGAACACCGUCGAGUGCAAAGACAAAGACAUGCUGCUUUUGGACUCCUGUAUACUAAGGGACAGAAACAUCACAUCAAUCAAGAACACCACAUUCUGUUUAUCUGCAAAUGCUGUCGGGAAUUUAAGUAAACUGUUAAAUGUCACAAUGGACAAUAAAACCUAUGUCAGCCCUAGUGAGGAGUAUUUCAAGUAUAAUGUGUUGCAUAUUUCCAAGGGUAUUGAAUACCCAGGUGACAUCCGUUGGCCCUUGGCUGCUUGUCUUUUUCUGGCCUGGCUUAUUGUUUAUGCCUCUUUGGCUAAAGGGAUCAAGUCCUCAGGGAAGGUGGUGUAUUUCACUGCCACGUUCCCCUAUGUGGUGUUGGUCAUCCUGUUGAUCCGAGGGGUUACUCUGCCCGGAGCCGGUUCUGGGAUCCUUUAUUUCAUAACACCCAAAUGGGAAAAACUCAAUGAUGCCAAGGUGUGGAAGGAUGCUGCUACACAGAUUUUCUUCUCUCUGUCUGCAGCAUGGGGUGGUCUUAUAACCCUCUCGUCCUACAAUAAGUUCCAUAACAACUGUUACAGGGAUACUCUCAUUGUGACGUGUACUAACAGUGCCACAAGUAUAUUUGCUGGUUUUGUCAUUUUUUCAGUUAUUGGCUUCAUGGCUCAUGAGCUCAAAGUCCCAAUUGAGAGUGUGGCAGAUGAAGGUCCAGGAAUUGCUUUUGUGGUCUAUCCAGAGGCUCUGACUAGGUUGCCCUUGUCACCAUUCUGGGCCAUCAUCUUCUUCCUCAUGCUGCUUACGCUUGGUUUAGAUACUAUGUUUGCCACCAUAGAAACUAUAGUGACAUCUGUUUCUGAUGAGUUCCCGAAGUACCUGCGCAAACACAAGCCUCUGUUCACUUUGGUUUGCUGUUUGUCCUUUUUUGUGCUGGGUUUCCCCAUGAUCACUGAGAGUGGUAUGUACAUGCUUCAGCUGGUGGACACUUUUGCAGCCUCUUAUUCUCUGGUCAUCAUUGCCAUAUUCGAACUGAUUGGAAUCUCGUACAUCUAUGGACUACAGCGGUUCUGUGAGGACAUUGAGAUGAUGAUUGGGUUCCAACCAAACAAGUUUUGGAGAAUCUGCUGGGCCUUUGUCACACCAACUAUUCUCACAUUUAUCUUGGCACUUAGUCUGUAUCAGUGGAAGGUGAUGACAUAUGAGGAUUACACUUAUCCGACCUGGUCUAUGGUUCUCGGCUGGCUUAUGGUCAUCUGUUCUGUCAUAUGGAUUCCCAUCAUGUUUGUUAUUAAGAUGCACAUUGCGCCUGGAUCAUUAAUUGAGCGUCUGAAGUUGGUGUGCUCUCCUCAACCCGACUGGGGUCCAUUCCUGAUGAAACACCGCGGGGAACGCUACAAGAACAUGAUCGACCCUCUGGGCACCAACUCCCUUGGCCUCAAACUUCCCCCCAAAGAUUUCCAGCUAUCAGCCCAAUAUCAAUAAUCCUCCUCAAUUCCCUGUGAGUGUAAAAACCCCCCAGGCCUCUGAGGGUGAGACCAGCACUCACGUCAAACUCUUUCCCUAUUCAACCUCCCCUCUUUUCCAUAGUGUUCUCUUUCAGCCAUAUUCCCCCUCUUCUGACACUUUUAGAGGGAUUUUUCAGGUGGAAAGUACAGUCAACUCCCUAUGAUUUUUUGUUUUCUGAAUAAUUAUUCGUAGUCAGUCUGAGAGUGGGUCUUUCGCACACAUUCUGAUACACCGAUCCCAGCUGAACCUUUUUCUCAGAGGCAAUAUAAUGAUGCAGUUGCAAUUGUUAAGGCAAUAUUUGAUUGUGCAUCAUGCAGUGGUUGUUUUUUAAUUAUUUUUUCAUUCUGAAGUGGCUGGUGAUGUUAAAAAGAAAAUAAUGAAGAGAAUAACAUUUAUAUUUCUUGUCUAUUUGCUUGUCAUCUCUUUAACGUAGCCAACAUAAUGAGAUAAAUUGCUGAGUAGUGCACAGUGAACUCGAACUCUUUUCUGGUAUCGUACUAUUGCUCUCCAAUUGUGUCCACUUAUAGCCAUACCUUGUGCCUCAGACUUCCUCUGUUGAUAUAAUACUGCAUAGUAUAGUGCUAAUUAAACCAAUUGUACUACAUUAUGGAGGGAAGUGAGCACAUUUCAGUCUCUGUGAAUUAUAAGCUAUCCUACUCUUUUACUAACCUGUCAGAAAUAUAUUUACUAUGAUAUAGUAGCCAGACUCAUAGUGUAGGCUCCAGUAGUAUAGAUCCAUCCCUGUCUUCAAGAAAACUUAGCCAUGCAAAACUGUAAUAAUACCUUUCAAUGUUGUUUAGAGUAGCACUCAACAGCCAACUAGCAGUUAUGUAUGUAUACUAAUAUUAUAGUGUAUCCUUUGGAGUUUGUGUCGUGAUCUGUUCAUAGACUUUGUGAAUCCUCCUAUUCUUAUGCAGUACGCAGUUAUAGUGGAGUACACAAAAGAAAAGUAGAGGAAAAUCAAGGAGUGUGGCAUGUGUGGCAAACCAAUCGUCUCAUAAAAAGUAGGUUAAACAAUAUUUUUAACAAUUGCUUGCAGAGGAUAUGUAGAUUAGAAAACAAAUCAUCUGAAAUCCUGUGCUUGGGGACCACACGCCUUUUUUUAAAAAAAAAUGUUUUCCAUCUCUUUGUCUUUUCGCCAUGAAACAGGGUCUCAGGUAUAACUCCAUUCCAUCAACCUUAUUAGAUGUUGGAUUAGAAUUGAACAUAUUUGUGGAAACAUGAUGUGAUUCACAUAUAACUAGGGCUGCACGAUGAGUCGUAUUUUAAUUGUGAUCAUGAUUUCUGCUUCUCUUGAUUUAUUAAUCAUAAUCGCCUGGGAUAUUUGCCCGCUUUCUAUUUAAUUUAGCAUUUGUAUUAUCUUGCACUACAGUAACAAGUUUCCGUUCAUGGUUGCUGUUGCCAGAUUUCAAGAGUUUAAAUACCCCAAUCAGAGUAUUUUUUUCGAUACAUGGUUCACUUAAACUUCCUAACCAUGUACAUGCUCUCUCUAGAUUAUAAAAAAAGCACUGAUGAGCUGAAAACACUGGCAGACAUGUAGGUUGGAGUUUAGAGAUAUUCUAUUGAGAUAUUCAAUGCUCAAAUAAAAGUGAAAAACAACCAGUCUGCUUUCUUUAAAGCGGCUGUUUUUGCUGUUUGCUGCAAUUAAAUCUGCGAGCAAACCAUGUGAGUUGACUUUCUCUUAUUUUGUGUUCAUGUGAAAGUGCAAUAUUUCUGAUGAA